AAAAACUGUUUUUGAGCUAAUUACUUCAUACUCAAUGGCCGGUUUUUCAAGAAAUGUGUUUGUAAUGGCAAUUCUGUUUUCCAGUCUAUUGAGCUUCACAGAAGCCAGAGAUCAUUUGGUUGGUGGAAAAACUGAUUCUUGGAAAAUCCCAUCCUCCGAAUCGGAUUCCCUCAAUCGUUGGGCUGAAAAAUCGCGAUUCCUAGUUGGAGAUUCUCUUGUGUGGAAGUAUGAUGGGGCAAAAGAUUCAGUUUUGGAAGUGAGCAAGAGGGAUUAUGUGACAUGUAACACAUCAAGUCCAAUUGCAAUGCAUAAUGAUGGGAACACAAAGAUAGUGUUGGAACAUUCAGGGGCAUAUUAUUUUAUUAGUGGUGUGAAAGGGAAUUGUGAGCAAGGACAAAAAUUGGUUGUGGUGACAUUGUCUAAGAGGAGAUACGCGGAUGCACCAGUACCGUCUCCGGUAGAAUUUGAUGGUCCAGCUAUAGCUCCUACUAGUAAUGCUGUUAGUUUGAAGGCUAGUUUGGUUGUGGCUUUUGGGGUUUUAGUAGGCUUUUUUUGGCUUUGAAGUGAUUUAUUUAUUUUUAAUUAUUGGAUAGGUGGUGGGUGGCCUUCUUGGUCAUUAUAACUCUUUAAUUUAUAUUCUUUUAUAUAAUUUGUUAUUUCCUUUGCCUCAAUGUUAAAU